GUUUGUUUAUAUAAUUAUUACACAUCACACAUGAUUACAACCCACCAAAUGGAAACCAAGACUCUUCAUAUAUAUUUCUUCUUGGAAAAAAAAAGUCCGUCAAGAAAUUAAAGGUCAUUUUGAUCUUUCAUACAAUCAAAAUGUCCACCAAAAUUACUUAUUCAAAUCCAAUUUACAAUCUUACAUACAACCAAAAUAUAUCCCAAAAAUCCCAUUUUCCAUAUUCAAGGUCUGUGCUAUGUAGAAAAUCCCAUCUAAAGAAGAUCAACAAGCUUCUCAAUUUCGUCAAUUCCAAUGGGAAAAAUGGAAUACUCACUGUGAAGUGCAACUCAGCCAACAGUACUGGAUCAGAUGCUCCACCUCCCGGCAAAUCUCCAUUUUUUGGAUGGAAAUGGUUAUUGGGGUUUCUUCUACCUCUAAUACUACCUUCAUUUAGGAACAAAGUCAGUCCUCUACAACUACUCAAAAAUAAUGUGCUACAAGCAGUAGAAACAGUGGAAAAUAUGAGUGAGAUAGUAGAAGAGGUUGCUGAGAAAGUAGAUAAAAUUACUGAAGAAAUUGAAGAGAAACUUCCAGGGGAUUCAAAGCUUAAAGAAAGUCUUGAUUCAAUAGAAAAUCUAGCUGAAGGGGCAGUCAAAUAUGCCAAUGAAGCUCAAGAUAUCAUUCAAAAGAUUAAAGAUAUGGACAAAGUGAUGGACACAUUAAUUAACACUAACAAUGCAAAUCAAGUUGAGAAGGUCAGCCAAGAAUUAAGCGACAAGAAAAAUUAGUCAUUACUUUAUUUUUCAUGCUUAGCCAAUUUGCUUGUCCUUUCGAGCUUGUUAGCCAUUGUAUUAAACAUUAGUGCGUAGUUUAUUUGCAUCAAUUAUGUUUAUUUUAUGUAUCAACAUAAAUUCAAUAAUUGACGGAAAUAAGUAGAACUAGAGUCGUUAUUCCA